AUGAACGUGAAUCAAGGGACGGUGGGCAGCGAUCCGGUCAUUUUGGCCACGGCCGGUUAUGACCACACAGUCCGGUUUUGGCAGGCCCAUAGCGGGAUCUGCACCCGAACAGUCCAGCACCAGGACUCUCAAGUGAGUUCACUUGAAGUGACACCUGACAGGAGUAUGAUAGCCGCUGCAGGUUAUCAACAUAUCCGCAUGUAUGAUCUGAACUCAAACAACCCCAACCCUGUGAUCAACUAUGACGGUGUAAGCAAGAAUAUCACCUCAGUUGGAUUCCAUGAAGAUGGACGCUGGAUGUAUACAGGGGGAGAAGAUUGCAUGGCUCGCAUCUGGGAUCUGAGGUCAAGAAAUCUACAGUGUCAGAGGAUCUUCCAGGUCAAUGCGCCCAUCAAUUGUGUGUGCCUGCAUCCAAAUCAGGCAGAGCUAAUAGUCGGAGACCAGAGUGGAGUUAUUCAUAUUUGGGAUCUGAAGACUGACCACAAUGAGCAACUGAUUCCCGAGCCAGAGGUCUCGGUCAACGCGGUUCACAUCGAUCCGGAUGCCAGUUACAUGGCGGCAGUCAACAGCUCGGGUAAUUGUUACGUGUGGAACCUGGCUGGAGGUAUGGGAGACGAGGUGACGCAACUCAUUCCCAAAACCAAAAUCCCCGCACACAAACGCUAUUCUCUACGUUGCAAAUUUAGCCCUGAUUCUACUCUCUUGGCCACCUGCUCAGCGGAUCAGACCUGCAAGAUUUGGAGGACAUCAAACUUUUCCCUCAUGACAGAAUUGAGCAUCAAGAGCAACAAUCCAGGAGAGACAUCUAGAGGUUGGAUGUGGGACUGCGCCUUCUCUGGGGAUUCGCAGUACAUUGUCACAGCUUCCUCUGACAACUUGGCUCGUCUUUGGUGUGUGGAAACCGGAGAGAUCAAAAGGGAGUAUAGCGGCCACCAGAAGGCCGUAGUGUGUCUCGCCUUUAACGACAGUGUGCUGAGCUGA